GUGUGAAAAUCUAGACAGUAAUACCCCACCAAUAAUUCACUGUCGCUCCUAAAAAGAUCGACAUUAAACCACCCAGGCCCACAAAUCACCGGAGCCAAAUUAUGAGUUCGCUGGACUUUGCCAACGCGCUGUUUACCAAAUACCAACAAUCCGCAAUGACCUGCCCUGUUCUGCUUUCAGCGGACGCUUCAACGUCUCACUGUCCGUCUUCCUCUUCUUCUCCCGCCGUGUCUUCUUCGUGCGCCUUAGUGUCCAGAGGAUAUCGCCACCAUUAUGCAUCCAAUGAGAGAGGCAGCAGUAGAGUCCAGUUUCCUCCCUCUUCUUCUUCUCCUCCCUCUUUCUCUUCUCCUUUGUCAUUUGGUUCUUCUCUUUCGGGACUAAACGGGAGCAUCAGAGGUGUUGAGCCUACAGAAAUACGCUCAGAAGGAGGUUGUAACUCACUGGGAGUUCGACCGCUGAGGUGCCCCGCAGAGCUGUUCCCACUCAAUCGGACUCAGUUAUUCUCGCAGGCUCCGAGGCUUCCUGAGCCGACCUCCAGGAGGCAGAGCAGCCCCGAUAAAAGAAGGCUAAACCAUGGGAGACUGUGUAUUUACCCCUGGAUGAAAAGCUCAGGCUCUGACAGACGAAGAGGCCGACAGACGUACACGCGGCACCAAUCGCUCGAGCUGGAGAAGGAGUUCCACUUCAACCGGUACCUAACACGUAAAAGGCAGAUAGAGGUCGCGCACGCGCUCGGCCUCACAGAGAGACAGAUCAAGAUCUGGUUCCAAAAUCGGAGGAUGAAGUGGAAAAAGGAGAACAUUGUGACCACAGCAGUGAGUCGAGAAGAAGAGGAGGCGGUCGAUGAGGAGGACUGAUGUGUGACUAUAGAUUUUAAGAGAUAAGACAAAAUGUACCAGAAUUUACAGGAUAGGGUGAUUUUCAACACAGAACUCUUCUGUUACAGUUCAAGAAUCCUAGACUCCUUCUUGUUAUUGCCUCAAGUGAUUUCCCGCAGAAAGGCACAAGAUGGUUGUUGAUGCAAUGAAUGAAACAGCAGCACUUGUGACUUCUGUAGAUUCGUGUUAAUAAUAUCUAUUCCAUGUGCAAUUAUGUAUGUAUACAUUUUUAUGUUUGAAAAAGUCUGAGCCCAUAUUAGCCGGUAUACAAAUCAAAAUCCAAGAGCUAUACCUACCUAGCUUUUUGUUUGUUUGUUUGUUGUUUUCUGUCUUGGCUAUCCAUCAAACGAAAUCUUUUUGAGAAUUUACAGCUAUCAAUAUCCAACACUUUCUGGUAUUACUGUUCUUAUUAUCAGUUCAAAGCGAAAGUAGGCAAUCCCCUCCUCAAUAUUUUGAUUUGUUCCCUCAAUAUUAAGCAGAAGAGGUUAAUUUUUACAAAAAAAAACCAAAAAAAAA